CUUCUAUUUCCUCUGCUUGUUCUAUCAAAAUAUCUCUACCAACCCUUUUACUCCUUCUUUAUCAAAUUGCUCUAACCCUAUUAUCUCUACCUUUCCUUUAUUUCACUCUUUUUGUUUCCCUUGUGCUUCUUUUCGGUUCACAAGUUUCCAGUUUGGUGCAGCAAUUGCCGAACUCAUUUAGCAAGUGCCGUCUUUUUGCCGUGAUUAGUGCACGUGUUGCUGAGAACAACGGAAAUAUAAACUCACCAAGAUUUGGCCAAAUAUGGACAUGAAAGAAGCAAAGAUGGAUUUUAAGUCUAUAUUGAAGGAGGUUGAAUAUCUGGGCUCUGCCCAUAUGACAUGGAGGGAAAAAAAGGAGUUGGAAAACAAGAAAGUAGUUUCUCUUGGUGGGAAGCCUCAGAAGAAGCAGAGGUUACCACUAAGUGUAGCACGAGUAAUGAUGAAGAAACAGAAGGAAAGGGAGGAGAAAAUGCAAGAAGAGAAUUUGAUACUUGGACGAUUCGGGGGAAGCAAUGCUAGUAGUUCAAGAAAAUCAGCAGGAAGGCGCAGACCUGAGGAUAGGGUGCUGAAAUCAACUGAAGGUCACUUCAGGAAUGGGGUGCUUGAUGUUAAAGAAUUGUUAAAACCUUCUGCAUCUAAAGCAUCAUCAUCUGGUGCGAAAGAGUCUUUUUCUUCUGGUAAUAAAGGGAAGAAGAGAAAGGGUGGUAAAAAGAACAAGGGCAAGAAGAACAAGGGUGGUCCUGGUAAGAAGCGCCAUUAAACGUCGGGAUAAAUUGCAAAUCUUCUUGUUCAUUUUUCUUUAUCGAGUUCUCAGGCAGAUUAAAUCCUAGUGGAUUAUGAGUUUUGACUAAUAUUAUAAAUUUUGAUUUCUGCUAAUUUUUUCUGGCUGCUAAACUAAUGAUAAACUAACGAGUAUAGUUCCUAGUAGUAGAAGGAUGUACUCUUUUUCUUCAACAGAGAAAAUUAACAGAGUCUACCAUCCUUGUAAUUGUAUUAUUGAGGAUAUCUCAAUACUAUAGGUAUUGUUAUUGUUC